AUGAAUUUCUCAUCCAACCCGCAGGAUGUACCUCGAGUUGAGGAACUCUUGCUUAGAGCUGGAGAGGAAUUCCCAAUGCUACAGUCACUGUUGGAUGGACCAACAGAAGAAGAGGCUGCCAAGGUUUUGCAUCGAUAUCGUGAGCUUUGUCAUUCACUUGAUGCGGCUCACCGGUCAUUGGACAAUCAUCGAGCAGACGCGGGGCUCUUGGAUAGUUUGAAGAUCGAGGUUCAUACGUUGAAAAGUACACUGCGAGCUAGUCGGACCGAGGUGGAGAGCCUGAGGACGGAGGUCAACAGCAAGCACCAACAGAUGCUGAAAGCUCAAGACAUGCUGGGCGAGCAAUAUGUAAUCCACGAACAAGAAAAGAGCUAUCUCGAGGCCCGAAUACACGAUGGUUCACAGCAACAGAAUAAAGAGGACAAGUCAACCAAGGCAUCUUCCGAAGGACAGUUAGGUGCGGCUCGUCAAGAGGAAGAGCAAAAGCGGUAUGAGCAAAAUAUUAGCAGUCUCAAAGAGCAGAUGGACGAAGAACACUGGAAGUGGGACGCGCACUUGCGAGAAGUGGAAGACACCUACGAAACUCGCAUAAAAGAUCUAGAGGUCAGCUUUGCCGAGCGGAUGAAGAACGAAUACGAGAAACAUUGCGAACAAACGCGGCAAGAGAUGGGGAGCCAUCAAAUGACGGUGAAUGAGUAUGAGUCAAAUGUCGCUCGAUUGAAGCUCAAUGCGGAACGAGAAGGACGGCUGUUGCGCGAAGAUUUACAAACUCAGCAAGAGAAACUUCGAGAAGAACAAAAGCGACACGAGAAGGAUCUCAAACGACAGGAAGCCGGACUGACCAAGAAGCACACGCAAGAAAUCUUGCAGCUUCAGACCACCCUGGCGGAGCAGAGACAAGAACUUUCUCAUCUCAGACAUGUCAAGGCCAAAGCUGACGAAGAAAGACUGCGCAUGCGCGAUGAAGUACGGGCGAGAACCACUCACUUCAGCGAGGAACAACAACGACUUCGAGAAUUGCUCAAGAAACAAAACGCUGAGCUGGUAGAGAAACAUGCCCUCGAAAUUAUGCAGCUUCGAUUAGCAAACGAGGAGUUAAAGCAGGCAUUCAUCGACAAGGCCUACCCACAGCGCACGAAAGCUCGAAGUGUUAAGGUGAUGCGAUACCGUGACAUCUCUACUCAGUUCUUUUCAGUAGUGAGUCAGGUACAAGACUUCACGAAUCUAGAAUGGGACAUGCGCCGUGAAGUGGAAUGGCCAUUCUCCAACGAUCAACUGUUACGCAUCCACAAAGUCAAUACAAGGGUGUUAAAGAAGGCUAUCCUGCAGAACACUAUGUGGACUCUACUAUACACGCACGUGUUUUGCACUCCGUUCGCUAUCUUGGGGUUGGAAGGAAAGAGUUGUGAUGAUGUAUGGUUAACAGUUUAUACCAAAGGUAGGCCCUCGUUCGUCCGAAUCAAGAUACUUGACUAA